AUGAAAAUAUCAAGCAUGCGACUUGCACAUAUGCUUUUGGCAUAUGGCUUCAGUACUAUUCGCGCCACAUUGCCCGACGGCGAUUUCUGCGGGUCAGGCAGCGAUGCUGGCCUGGAUGAAAGCUUGCACUCAGACGAAAGCCAAGACAUCAUACUAGCGAGAGCAAUUCCCUGCAUAAGCAGAUAUAGCUCCUUAGAAGAAGAAGCUCCGGCACCUCCCCCUAGUCAGCCGAAUAUAGUGUAUGUUUCCACACAGACGGUGCAGAUGUCUGAAACUCCACAGCAAAUAACGUGCGAGGUUGAGCUAGAGCCAGAACCCUCUGUAAAGUUCGUGCUGGACUCUCCAGAAACCUCUGACGACGCUGCCUCUGUGAAUCUUGAGCACAAAGGGCACGGCACGACUCCAGAUGCAAGUGAGCGCCCAAACCCGCUUUCCGGACGAGGGCUGGAGGACGAGGAGAGUUUGGAAACGAAACGCCAGGCGGGCAGAAAUGCUGGAGCCACGUUUAUGUUCUGCGAACUAGAGGAGUUCCCGGCUUUUAAGGAUCCGCUGAAGGUGCAGGCGCUUCUGCUAUAUAACUGCAAGUUCUCUAAAAUUCCUGACUCUAUUGGCGAGCUAAAAGAGCUGCACUCUAUUACAAUUUCCAACUGCGAAAUCUCAAAGAUCUCCGACUCUAUUUCCCACCUUAAUAAGCUGAGCAUUCUUCACAUUGUAAACUGCACAAAGCUUGAGCGCCUUCCGGAAGGCCUGUUCCAGUGCCAUGCCCUAAAGGAUCUGCAGGUUACUUCGUGCCGCAUAUCGCACCUGCCCUGCAUGGUUGGGGUUCUUUCGCUGGUUAAGCUAAACCUAAGCAGAAACCUCAUUUCUGAUCUCCCAGACACGCUAGGCAGCAUGUCCAAGCUAGAGGUUCUAAAUAUAUCGCACAACAAACUAGAGCAAAUUCCACUGGGGCUCUGCGACUUGGCGUCCUUGAAGGAGCUAGACCUUUCGCACAAUAUAAUAUUCUUCACGAAGAAAGACAACAUCGAGUAUGAAAAAAUGUUUACUCCAACCGUGAAGAAAUACUACAACUACACAGCAGACCCUGUGGGCGCAAAAAAAGAGCUAAUUCCGCUCCCCUCUUUGGUGGAGGCAAACUUGUCCAACAACCUUCUGGAGUACAUUCCUACCAUUUUCUUUGCAUCCCAGUAUAUUAAAGCACUCAACUUCUCUAACAACAAGCUUGUGACUGUGGACAAGUCUGUGGACCGUGUUCUUCGGCGCGCCAGGUUCAAUAAGCUAGAUCUGCAGAACAACACCACGCUUGAGGACUAUGGAGAUCUGUUGACGGACUGUGGGUGCAAAGAAAUAUUUUGGCUUUUCAACGAUGCAGUGCUUCUCUCAGACAGCAUUCUAAAGAGGCUGGCCCAGCCAACGCCAAAAAACGAGGCAUAUCGCAUGCUGGCUUUGUUUGAGAGAGACGCCAUCAUAUGGAACUAUGCAAAGCUGAAGACGCUUAGAAGAAGGACAGACCAGAGCAUGGUUCUUGACCCCCAAAGUCCGAACUUUAACAAGGACGGGCUAAAGAUCAAAAUCGGCGAGUAUCUACUGACGCUUAAAAACAAUGUUUUUUCCGGCCUGUUCACCUUCCCAGCUCGCGUAGGGAAAGGCGACAUCUCUGAGCUCGGAGAGUACUGGACAUACGUGAUGAGAGACGAAGUUGGGCCUGGAAACAGCCGGCUGUGGGCAUGCAUUUCUCCUAAAUAUCCAUUCUCCUUAGAGCUAAAGGACCCAUUUUUCAACUCUAUCGGAAACGCCAUUUUGGCUUUCUACACCAGAUUCUCCAUUAGCACUGUGGUCAGCUAUAUCCAAGACAAGAUAAACUCGGAGUAUCUAUCGGUUCGGAACGCAAUAAAGUAUGCGCAUCUGAACAGCCCUCCGCACAAGUACAAUGAUCUGUUCCAGUACAAGGUAGAGGAUGUUAGAUAUGCUGAAGUCACCAAAGAGUGCGUCAUUCUGCUGCUUCGAGACUUUGGGUAUAUCGUGGAUGCAAGAUAA